GUGCAGAGGUUGCUUGUGUUCUUUGGUUGGUCUCUCUGUUGCGUAUUUUAGGCAAAGAGACGAUAGGAUUGCAAGGAAAUUAAUGAAAAGAAUUUUGUAAUUCAGUUGUUGCCGUUACAUCACUGAGAUAAUAAUGAAGCAUUUUAAACAGAUAGAUAUUGGUAAAUCAUCUCUUCUUAGUUUGAAAGCAGAGCUCUCUCGCAAGCAAGAAGAAGUAGUUAAAGCUAAGGCACGGGCUCAAGCACAAUUCAUACGUCCUUUUCCACAACCCAAGAAGCAGACCCUUUCAAUCAAGACAAAUGCAGGUGUUAGUGAAAGAGCAGAAAAGCAUUUGGAAGAAGCAGAAGAGGAAGUGGAUGCCUUUAAAAAGUCAAGAGCCGCCCUAGAAGUAAAAGCGAAGCUGUAUGAAAAACUGUCACAGGAUUCCUCAGCCAUCACUGAUGACACAAAGUUUCUUGUGAACUUCCAACAGAAAACUUCAGAUAAAUGUAACAAAAGAGAAGAAACCACUGCCACAAAGAAGCCUGAGGAAGACGAGGAAGAGGAUAAUCAUUUCAGUGAUGAAUAUGCCAAUUCACUGGGUCCAGAGGAAGACUGGGUGGAUUAUGUAGACUGUUUGGGUCGUACUCGGAGGUGUCUGAGGAAAGACUUGACUCAUGUGAAAGCAAGGGAUGUAAAACUGUUUGAGUCUCUUGGUGGUUAUGACGACAAGAAUGAGGCAGUUGGUGAUAGUAAUAUGCGAUCAGUGACAGUCAAGGAAGGGGAACCUGAAUUGAUGUCAGGUGAUAUGAAGAGAGAAUUGCUUCGCCAAAAGUGGGAACAACAGGAAGAGCAACUCCGAAAUAAAACUGACAUUCACUACCAGGAUGUACUCUUCGAUGAGGCCCGCAGUCACGGCGUCGGAUACUACGGUUUCUCGCAGGACGAGGCGGAACGGCGCGCUCAACAGGAUGCCCUGUCAAAGUUGCGACAGGAGACGCAGCGCGAACAGGUGGCCGCCCAGGGACUCCGGGAGAGGCGUCAGCAGCAACUUCAGGCCAGGCUGAAGGCCGCUCGACAAAGGAAGAGGACCCGCCUGGGUCUGCCUCCUCAAGAGGACGAUCCAGAGGAAGAGGCAGAACCAGCAGAAAGUGAGAAGCAGGAGACUUUGGAUCCUGACCCAAAACCAGAACCAGCAAAACGGAAACCGCCGCAAGUUCGGCCAUGGGACAUUGGCAAGGAUGGGGUGAAGGAGGUAAUGUCACAGGAAGAGUGGGUUGAAAAGAAGCGUUCUGAACGCCCACAAGAUUUUGCACCACCAUCUUCAUAUCAGCCUGACUUUGCCCCAAAUUCUGCUGCAGUGGUGCCAGAGAAACCAAAACUAACGUUAUUCUUCUCAUCAAGGAAACCUCAGAAUACUUUCAGAAAUACUGGCACAAAGAGCUCAAGCAUCAGGGAUGGGCAGUGUGGUGAAGACCUCACUGCACGUGGAAGAGAAAUUGAUGUUCAACCCCUUGCCUCAUUUUGUGAUGACAGAUCAUCAUCAGGUGAUGCUAAGGGGCUUUGGGGAAGCAGAUUACAUCAUAGAGAUGUGUCGGACACCAAACAGGAUGUAUGUGGUAAAGGGGCAGAGAUUCCACCACCUGCAACAUUUGAAUACUAUGGACCAUCCUUCACUGGAGCAGGACAGAGUCAAAGUAAUCACAGGAUGAUUGAUCUUGAGAGCUCCAUCACAGCAGGUCUCAAGUAUCUUCGCCAGCAAGCAGAGCAGCGAGAACAUCAACAAGAGAAAGGUCUGCUUGACAUAGUUUAGCUGAAGUUGAACUCCAUAUUUGGGCAUGGUCUAGGUUGAAGUACCAAUCUUUCAAUUGGAUGGCAAUAAGUAAUGCCAUAGUGAUGUGCAAUAGAAAACCAGGAAAUGAGUGAUAUGUGUAUAUGCAAGCUAAAGUUUCAACAAGUUCAGGGAGAAUGAGAAUUACUUACUGUAUAGAGUGCAAACAAGAGAAUAUGUAUUGGGUUAAAAGUUAUAUAAAGAAAGAUAUUAAAGGUGUUAA